AUCUGCCAACCUCUUAGUGCAUCAUCACAGUUUGAUCUUCAAAAUCUUUGGGAGAAAAGAAUAAGGUGGAUCGAAGGCAUGGAAAACGGCCACUUCCACCCGAAACAUCGGAGGAGAAGAGACAAGGACGCGAUGACUUCUGCACAAGUUCUUGGCCGGAAUCAGCCGAUAUGUCGGCCAUGGUUACCGCUCUCACUCAAGUGAUGGGCACCGAUGAGCAGCAGCUUUUCAGCUUCGAACAAUCGUCGGUGCAGUCUGCCAUGAAAGAAGACCCCGGCCCUCCUCUUCAACCCGCAGUAGUUAAAGAUCCAGAAAACACAAGGAAACGACAUUACAGAGGAGUGAGGCAAAGGCCAUGGGGCAAAUGGGCGGCUGAAAUUCGUGAUCCGAAGAAAGCAGCCCGAGUGUGGCUCGGCACUUUCGACACGGCCGAGGAUGCAGCCCUUGCAUACGAUAAAGCUGCUCUCAGAUUCAAAGGUACCAAGGCCAAACUGAAUUUCCCCGAACUAGUUCAAGGACAUAUGGAGCCGAGUCAUAGAGAUUCAGGCGUCGUGCGAGUGCAACCCGAACAAAAUGCCAUGCCUGUUGCUCCGCCUUCGUCGUUGUCUCAGGAUACGUAUCCCCACUUGUUUGAAUAUGCACAAUUGCUUUCGAGUAGUAGUGAUGCUGAUAUCUCGUAUUACACUUCGAAUCUCUUCAAUAAUCAACAAGGUUUGUCUACACAGUUUCCUUCAGUAUCAGCAUCAUCACAGCAAUACCACCACCGGGACCUUACAAGGUUUUCGACCAAGUACGAGAGCUCUUCCGGUUCCGAUUAUGGGGAGCAAUACAGGAAGGACUUUGAUCCGAGUAAUAGAAGCCGGUAAGACAAGAUAUAGUAGUCUUCUCGAGUUGUAUUUCAAGUGAAUUUGUACACUGUAACUCAAAAGGAAAACGAGAAUGAAGUGCAUGAUUCAUUACUUUGAGAACCACUUUUCAACUUUUUA